GGACAGCGCCACCUACAUGACACAAAUGUAAAAAAAAUAUUAGAUUGAAGGAUGAAAACUGUGAUUUAACAGGAAUCUAACGAAUUCAUUAGUUCAUAAUUCAGCAUAAUACAUAAAUUUUGUUAGUUAAAAUAUUCAUAAACAUUGAUUGUUGAUUAGGAUUAUAAAUGGAGAAAGAUUCAGAAGAAACAGUAUAUCUGACUGACAGCGAUGCUCACGUCAUGUCCGAGAGGGUACGAACCCUUGCCUCAACCGUUUACAAGGAAUUUGAGAAAAUGAUAACAAAAUAUGAUGAAGACGUUGUUCAAUCUUUGAUGCCGUUGGUAGUCGGCAUACUUGAAAGUCUUGAUAAUGCUUACACAGAAAAGCAAGAGCAAGAAGUCGAUUUAGAGCUCUAUAAAGAAGAUAAUGAACAGUUAUUAACCCAAUACGAAAGGGAGAAACAACUAAGGAAGACUGUAGAGCAAAAGCAGUUAGAAUUAGAAGAUAAUUUUGAAGAUGAAAGAAAAGAGAUGGAUGAUAAGGUAGAGACUUUGGAAUCUAAUGUUAGAAUGCUUGAACUAAAAGCAAAAAAUGUUCAAGAUCAUGUGAUGAGAUUAGAAGAUAAAGAAUCUGAAUUAAAGAAGGAAUAUUCAAAACUACAUGACAGAUACACAGAACUAUUCAAAACUCAUAUGGAAUAUAUGGAAAAAACCAAAUUUCUAAUGACUGGUGAUAGAAUCGUCGAUUCAUCGAUAACAGUUAAAAAAAGCCAAAUGACUCUACCACAACUUAGACCGGUAAAUGCACAAUUAGGAUUAUACAGCACUGAUUUACCUGCCGGUUCUGAUGUUGGUAAAACCCCUGACGGAUAUCCUGGCUCCAUAACCCCUUUAGAAAGGACAAAACCUAUAACAAGUUUGCAUAAUGAAAUGCAAAAUGUUGAAAAAUCUGAGACUGAAGAAACAGAAAAGGAGCCUAUUGCAAACGAUAGUAAACAACCUAUUGACUGCGAAUCAUACGAAAAAGAUAGACUAUCAGGAAAUGAUGAAAGUUUUAGUGAGAAAAAUGAUUCUACUGAAAUUAUCAAGAAGUUUGAAUUGCUUAAGUCUAACGAUGAAAUGCAUGUUCUUGUUUCCUCUGAUGUUUUAUUGUCUGGGGACGAUUUACCAUCACCUGAAAACAUUGAUAUUCAAUCAGGCAAACACAAAUUACAAACAUCGAAUGUUGGUUAUGAAGAAGUUGUACACGCUAGUCCAAAAGUUGAUGAAGAAAAUAUCGACAUUGCAGGAAUGGGAAAAGAAGUUGAAAAUUUAAUUUUGGAAAAUACUGAACUCCUUACAACCAAAAACGCAUUGAAUGUUGUGAAAGAUGACCUGAUUGCAAAAGUGGACGAAUUAACAAGUGAACAAGAAAUUUUGAGAGAGGAAAUCAAUUCUUUACAAAAUGUGAAGGAGAAAUUAAACAAGAGAGUUUCUGAAUUGGAGGGAGAAGUUAAGAAAUCAAGGGAAGAAAUUGAAAAGUUAAAAACGUCUAAUGCGGAGGAUAAAGAAGAAGAGCUUCCUACUGGUCAGCGGAAGCGAUUUACCAGAGUUGAAAUGGCUCGUGUACUUACUGAAAGAAAUCAGUACAAAGAACGUUUAAUGGAAUUACAAGAGGCCGUUAGAUGGACUGAAAUGCUAAGAGCUUCUAAGGAGCACCCCGAAUUAGCAGGAAAUAAGCAAUCCCAGGAGAAACGUAGUGGACUUUGGCAUAUAUUCAGUUCUAUGUUUUCGUCUAAAGCUCAAAAUAAAAAAGCAAUUUUACCUUCCGCUUCAAUUCGUUUCUCUGCCCCCUCAUCCUCUGUUAAGCCAGUUGGUGAUCCGAAUAAAGAAGAGCGAGAAUUAAUGGAAGAAUCAUUGGGUAAUAAAGCUAAAGCUUUCGACUUUCUUCAGGAAGAAGAUGUAGCUAAAAAACAAAAAGAACACUCUAAACGACUAAGAAGCUACGCAAAGAAAGAUGAUGGUAGAAUACAAGCCUAUGGUUGGUCUCUUUCAAACAAGGUUACUGCUAAAGAUCUAACUACUAAAGGAGGCCAAAAUAAUUCUCAGGUUUCAGUUCCCUAUCCUAUUCAUUAUGGGAGUCUCAUUGAUGAUGACUCAGCAAUGAAAGUAUCUUGUGCGGCGGCUGUGAAGCUCGGAGGAGGGAAAACAAGAGAUGGUGGAUGUAUUGUUGGAGCAAGUAUAUUUUAUUCUGGUGAGAAAACCGAGGGCAAAGAAGAAACAGAGAAGAGAGAUAGCCAAGGAAAUAAUGAUAAGAAGAACGAGAAUAAAGACAACGAAGAGUUAGAAAAAAUUAAUAAGGAGCUUAAAGAUUAUGAUGAAUAUACUGCAAUAGAAGAAAGACUCUCAUCCCUCGUUUGGAUUGCAACCUAUAAUGGAAAAGAAAGCAAAGUCAAAGUAAUUGACGCUAACAAACCAUCAGAGACAAUCCAGACUUUCACAUGUAGUCAAAAAUCUCAAAUAAUUUGUAUGACAAGCGUUCCAGGAACCUUAAAAACUGACUACUCCUCAAUUGAUAAUAUUAAAGUGAAUCUAACUGCUGAUAAAUUACCUGCUAAAAGCUCUGCAUCCCCUACACCUUCGGCUACUAAACCAAAUACUGAACCCAAAAUUGGUAAUAUUACAUUUGUUCAUUGUGCUACUGGACAAAAAGAAACUAAUGAUGAAGGUGAACAAGAACAAGAACAAGACCAAUCCAAUCCACCUGCCGAUUCUGCUCCUAAUUCUUCUGAAAUACAAGCCAGUGUGGCUGCGGUAAAACGAGCGAUACAUGCUCUUUCUGUAUAUAAAGAAGAAAAAGAGCCUUCUUUGAGUAGAGAGAUGACAGCUUCAACUUCAAGUAUUGAAAUGAGUCCUACACAUGGACCUAAAUAUGAUGCAACGCGAGAAUUUUGUAAAGAGGACGAUUAUGGUUGGAAUUUAGCGGAGAGUGAGGCAGAAAAGUUAAGUAGUCUUCUGCCAACAAUGUGGUUGGGCUUUUCUAAUGGGAAUGUUUAUGUUCAUUCUUCUAUUAAGAAUUGGCACAAACGUAUUCAUUCAGUAAAAUUACCAGACGCUGUUGUUCAAAUUGCCUAUGUCAGAGGAAGAGCUUUUAUAGCUUUGGCUGAUGGGACAGUGGCUGUUUUUCAUAGGACAGAAGAUGGACAAUGGAAUAUGAAAGAAUAUCAUCUUUUAGAUGUCGGUAAACCACAUUGUGCAGUUAGGUGCUUGGUUGUUGUUAAUGCUGGAAGGCAUGUUUGGUGCGGAUAUAAAAAUAAGGUGCUGGUUGUUGAUUCGAACACUUUGGAAGUUCUGAACACUUUCGAAGUUCACCCUAGAAGAGAAAGUCAAGUAAGACAAAUGGCUCAUUUAGGAGAUGGUGUUUGGAUUUCCAUCAGAUUAGACUCUACUCUUCGAUUGUUUCAUUCUCAUACCCAUCAGCAUCUACAAGAUAUAGACAUGGAGCCCUAUGUAGAAAUGAUGCUUGGUAGCGGUAGACUUGGGUUUUCUUUUGUAAGAGUAACAUCUUUACUUCUUGCAAGUCAAAGACUUUGGGUUGGUACAGGAAAUGGUGUAAUUGUUUCCAUCCCUAUUUCUAGUCAACAGCAACAACGUAAAGUUAUCACUAGCGGAAGUUCUCGAGGGACACCCGGAGGGGUCAUUAGAGUUUACGGAGAUCCGCAAACUGAUAAACUCUCGCCAGCAUCUUUCAUUCCAUAUUGCACUAUGGCCCAAGCUCAAGUUAGUUUCCAUGGACAUCGAGAUAGAGUAAUAUUUUUUAUUAGUGUUCCUGGUCAAAAAGUUAGUGGUUUAAGUGCAGCAUCGUCAUCCAGUCCUGGAAGAAGAGCGAAAAAGAACGAAUUGGUUUUGUCAGGUGGCGAAGGAUACGUUGAUUUUAGAUUGGAAGAGAGUUUAGAAAGUGAAAAUUCAAAGCAUGACAAAAGUAAUUUAAUAGUUUGGCAAGUUUUUCAGUCAAAAAACUAA